AUGUAUGCAGCUUUCAUUUUUUCUCUGUUUUUUUUAUUGAAUUUCUUUCUUUUUUCUUUCUUUCUUUCUUUCUUUCUUUCUUUCUUUGAAACCGUCAACACUUUAACUGAGCCCUCCUUUCCACAAUAUUCUUUCUUUCUUUUUCUUUCUUUCUUUCUUUUUCUUUCUUUCUUUUUUUCUUUCUUUCUUUUUCUUUCUUUCUUUCUUUUUUCUUUUUUCUUUCUUUCUUUCCUUUUUUAUUUCUUUCUUUUAUUUUUUAUUUCCCUCUUUUCCACAAUAUUUUCUUUCUUUCUUUCUUUCCUUCUUUCUUUCUUUCUUUCUUUCUUUCUUUCUUUCUUUUCGUCUUAUUUUUCACUUGUACUAUUUAUGUUGGGUUCAUGCACUUCUUACACGAGGUACCCUAAUAAAGUAGCAGACCGAUGGGGUGCGCCACGAACGGUACGUACCCCAGAAAAUAUGGAACGCAUCAGAGAAUCUUUGCUGCGCAGUCCGAAUUGCUCUCCUCGAAGGCAUUCGACCGAACUUAUCGAUAAUCGUUUGCUGGCUCGCUAUCUAUCUAUCUAUCUAUCUAUCUAUCUAUCUAUCUAUCUAUCAUCAAUCUGUCGAAAUAUAUCUAUCUAUCUAUCUAUCUAUCCCCUUCAAUAUCCAUCAAUCUGUCUAUCUAAUCUUAUUCUCUUCGUCAUCUAUGUAUCUAAUCAUACUCUUCAAUUUUAUCUAAUACUCUUCAAUAUUAUCUAUCUAUCUAUCUAUCUAUCUAUCUAUCUAUCUAUCUAUCCUAUCUAUCGAAUUAUCUAUCAAAUUCAUCUUCAUCUAAUCUAUCUAUCUAUCAUUAUCUAUCUAUCUAUCGAAUCAUACAUCUAUUAA